AUGUUAGCUAAUGCUAAAGCACUUUUAACAGCUAAAGAAGAAGUUUUUAUUAUAGACUGGUGGCUUUCACCUGAGCUUAUGUUAAUUAGACCAGCAGAUGAAAAAGCAUUUCGACUUGAUAAUAUAUUAGGAAGAAUAGCUGAUGCAGGAGUUCGUGUUCAUGUAGUGCUUUAUAAGGAAAUGCCAUUUGCUUUAGCUUUAAAUAGCUUAUAUACAGAAACAAAAUUAAUUUCUAAAAGUACAAAAGGAUUUAUUAAAGCCUACUGA